UUUGCUAUACAUCUGGUUGAUUGUCUCUCUCUAGCACCACUUCACUUCCUCAAUUCACUUCUUCACCACCGAACUACCUCGGGCGCUAGCUGCACUGCCGGCCAUGGCCACGCCCGCCACGAAGCUCAUCGCCGGCGCGUUCGUCGCCCUCCUUGCCCUCGCACUGGCGGGGGCGGACAAGGUGUGCGGCGACCGCCUCGUCACGCCGCCGCCGCCCCCGAGGUCGCCCUCCCCACCAGCCCGCCCAGCCGCGCCGCCGCGCCCGCUGCUCCCCUCGCCGCCGGCGAGCCACGGCAAGAAGACGGGGAAGAUCCUCGCGGGGAUCUUCGCCGCGCUCGCCGUCGCCGCCGCCAUCUUCUACGCGCUCUGGCUGCACUGCCGCGCCCCUGGCGCCGUCGCCGCCGCGCCACUCGGAGCCCGCGCCGCCGCCGGCGGGCCGCGCGAAUUCGAGGAUCAAGAUCCUGAUAUGACGCCCAUGCUUCAGUUCAGUGUAGUGACUAGUGAGUGCCGGGUUGAUAUAGUAUUAGGCUAUUAGCUACCCUCGUGUAAAAAUGGCGCAAAAAUCUACGGAAUUGCUAAUUUUCAGUCGGAUGUUAUUAACUCGCUUUCAUUCGUUCUCUUGUCCGGUCGAUCUCCAGCCAGAUGUUCCGGGCUGCACUUCUUUUUUUCUCCCAGCGCGCGGGUUGUUUAUCGAGUCCUAAUCACACUGUUCCUUUUAUUUUGAUUUUUUUUUCUUCUUCUCCCCCCUGUAGCUGCCUUUGACCGGAUCGUUCCACGGCGAGAACUUGAAGGCAGAGAGGCAUGGUGAUUUUGGUUGGAGGCCUCACUCGCUAAUCUCUCGAGGCGCUUUGGUCUGCAAGCACCCCCUCCCCCCGUGUCAUAUUCCUGUGCGAUUUGCUAUACAUCUGGUUGAUUGUCUCGUUGUAUUCAUCUACAUGCAUUUCUCUGCUGUAGAUAUUUGUGUGCUUGAUAAACCAUUUAGUUUUUCUUUUUCUUUUUCAAGCUCAAACAUAUGAGAAUGAUCCUCACAGGGAGCUUGUUUUUCUUUCGGAUGUCAUGAGGUAGGAAAGAGAUCUUGGAGGGGUGAAUGCAUCAGAGGGGGUGUUUACCUGUGUUUUUUCUGCAUCUCCAGCCAGAUGUGUGUCCCAGAUCAUGGAUUGCCCUCUCUGGUGUGGACCCGUUCAAGUUCAUGUUGCUGGUGUGUUUAUAGUGCAUACUUUGGACUAGGCUGUGACAACAUAUCAACAUUGCUCUCUAACUAUGUGAGGCUUUCUUUGGCGAGUAUGUAUAUAAUUAAUAAGUUUUUUUAGAAGAUGAAGUGAAUAAGUUGUUAAUUCAGUUUUUAUCUCUGAUCAGUUUCAAAAAAAAAAAUCUCUGAUCUCUCUAACAUUGUUUGAUACAAAAAAAGUGUCACAUGGGAAGAAAAUAAACUUAAAAGUGUGCCCCCGCAAAAAAAAAAUAAACUUAAAAGUGUGUAAGUGAAUACAAAGUGUUGUUGUGGACCUCUAAUUAACAAGCAUACAUAUUACUAUUUUCCACACUACAAAAAAAUGCUGAACAUGGUCAACCUUCUUGCUCUAAGGUUUAUUGAGCAGGAUUACGAGCAAGGCGAAGCCGGUGGCGCUCAUCACCAAUUUUAUGAUUUGUCAGUCUAAUCUCCAAUUUCGUUCGGUCUUGCAGAUGCAUCAUGUGUAGCUUUUCAGCCUUGCAAAUUAGAGAUUUUGAUUGAUACAUGCAUAUUGUUGGAACAUUGGUGCGUUCAAAAGACUAUGGGUGGAAUUAACAAAGUAACUGAUGAUAUGAAACAAUCCAGGAUGCAUUGCCAGCUCCUCUUGGAUCUUUUGCUAAUUCCAACAAGACAAAAAACAUUGCAGGAUUAACCAGAGGAUGAAGUUGAAGAAUUGGAGCUAGCAGUGUGUGUCUGGUUAAUAAGCAAGCAAUUCUCCCUGCUCCACGAAAGCUGCAACUGAAGAUGAAGAGCUUGCUGCACUACAAGCUAAAAGUGGCCGGCCCAUGGAGGUGACCGUUGUAGCGAUCGCACACAUAUUGUUUGGCAGCAAUCUAAUGUCUGGACAAAUUGUUUGGCAGCAAUCUAAUGUCUGGACAAAGAACAUCAUCACAAGGAUUCGAACUCCGGACCUGUGAGUUGCAACAUAUUGUUUGGCAGCAACCUAAUGUCUGGACAAAGAACAUCAUCACAAGGAUUUGAACUCUGGACCUAUGGGUUGCAACGAAGAGCUGCUAACCAGUCGAGUUAAGAAGCUUUAGUGACUAACAUUGAGCGUGCCACUUUUAGAACAAAGUACAACGCAGAA